UAUGCCCCUGUGUAGGCAGGCACCCAUCCAGGCGCCCACCAGACCUGGACCUGCUUAGCUUCAGCAAGGUGGCUGCACCACGUGCUCUCAGGCCAUGCCCUGAGAACUUGUACUACCCACCCCAGCUGAAGGAAUCGGGAGUAAAGGAUGCUCCGGCUGCGUUUCCCUUGCAUCCAAGGAGCACCCCGCCCCUCGAGCCAUUUGGCAUGGCUGGCUACGCAGAGACGGCUGUUUCCUGUGAUGUUGUGAGCCACGGCCCAAUGCAGAUAACCCAGUUUCUCUUCCCCCUCCUCCCCGCAAGCCGUGCCUUUUUAAAGUCUGGAGCAGAAAGAAGUCACCACCCGAAUCCCUCCCACCUGCCUCCUUUGCUGCUCUCCCACCAUCCUGACGUCAGAAGGAAGGAAGGAAGGAGUGAGUGUGGGUGCCCACCAGCCACCCACCCACCCACCCACCCCGAAAGAUUUCAGAUCCAUUCAGAGGCUGCUCCUGCUCAUAGCCUAGUGGGAGGGAGAGAAGAGCAGCCAGGCAGAGAGACGGUCGCGGGGAAAGCGAGAAAGCCUCCAAGCCGUGCAAGAAGAACCGGGGCGACUCCUCUCCUUGCAGAAGGAGCGUGGCUGCUGCUGCUGCUGUUGCUCAGGCAAGAAGACGGCCACACCAUGUCAUCUGACCAGACUUCUCAGUCCACUGUGCCCCCUCUCCACUCUCCGAAGUCACCUGUGUGGCCCAUUUUCCCCUUUAACCGGGAGGGAAGCCGCAUCUGUGAUAGGGGUAACCACCUUCUUCGGGACUUACCCAGCCCCCUUCCCACCAAGAGAACCAGGACAUAUUCUGCGACGGCUCGUGCCUCUGCUGGUCCUGUCUACAAGGGUGUAUGUAAGCAGUUCUCUCGCUCCCAGGGCCAUGGUUUCAUCACUCCAGAGAAUGGCACAGAGGACAUAUUUGUACAUGUGUCUGACAUUGAGGGCGAAUAUGUCCCUGUAGAAGGCGAUGAGGUCACAUACAAGAUCUGCCCCAUCCCACCAAAGAAUCAGAAGUUCCAGGCUAUUGAAGUGGUGCUCACCCACUUAGCUCCGCACACAAAGCAUGAAACAUGGUCUGGCCAAAUAAUUGGCUCAUAAACUGCGUUGGAGCCUGUGGGCCAGCUCCACCAGGAAGUGGAGUUGGAUGGUGUGGUGAUGGGUGGUGAAAUGGCUGAAGCCAGGGAAGAGAGGCCAGGUGGCAAUUCUUGGUUGCAGUGUGACUUGUUUGCAUUUAUAUCUGGUCUUUUCUAAGAUUUACUUUCUUGUUUGUUUUUGCUUGUAACUGCUUUUCAAGAUGGCAAGCAGGAAGCGGGAAAGUGCUGCUGGGUGGAUUUCCUCUUGUGUGACAUGAGCUCUUAAUUGUACCUGGUUGAGCAAAGGCAGAGCUCCUAGUCUGUAUGUGUGUGUGUGCGUGUGUGUCCAUCUCGAAAGACUGGCAUCUGUUUUGCUGCUACCCUGAACAAAAGAUUAACAAAAGAUUUGUCUAUUAUGCUGGUCCCUUUUAGAGAAACUCUCCCUUUGUCUUCAAGAGGGUCUGGAUCCAGUCAACCCUCCCCUCUUAGCCACAGUCAGUGCUAAGGGGUGCAGUCGUUUCUCACUUUCUGGGGAGAAUUCUACUGAAAGUACUGAGGCUGUAGUGAAUCUUCCAGAGCCUUUUUCAAAUUAUGCCAUCUAAAACACUGGAAGGGUUUUUUGUUCAUCCCAGCCAUCUUGCCUUGUGCAGGGGAGGGACCAAAUAACUCCUCAUGCUUGCCCAUUCCAUUGAUAGCACUUUUCUGGAUUUCUGCCCAUCUUUGUUCAAACCUACUUAGGAGGUCAGUGGUUUGGCUAGUGGUAGUAUGGUGGGCAUGACAGAUGUUAACACCUAGUGACAGAUGUUGCUUUUCUCCUUUGUAUUGCAGAUACAACAGCUGUUAUGUAAUAUAAUGUAUGUUGGACCUGCAAUACAUAAGGAGAAAAGCUGUACUUGUGAUACAAAUGAGAAAAGCAGUAUUACAUGAAGAGCCAAUAGAAUGCAUAGCUUAAGAAGCAGAGUUUUUUUGGGGGGGGAUGUGAUCCACUAGAUCUCUCCCCUCCCUCAGUGGCAUUCAAACAAAUUUUUCAGUUAUUUCUCAUACAGUCCAGAUAAUCAGAGAUUGUAUUAUCUUGACUUUUAAUCUGAAGUCUUCCUGUUCUGUUGGGAAGAACAGAAAUUGGGAAGGGGAGGAGGCCUCUGUGUUAAUGGAGAAUUGGACAUGAUCACCGAUGUUGCCAUUGGAAGAAAUCUUGGAAUGGCUAGAUCUUGUGAUAAUUCCAUUCUCAAAGGCAUCAUGUCGUAGCUUUCAUGCAGACAUGGCAAUUUGGGUGCUUGGUUCUUCAAGAAAACCGUUAAUAGGUAUUUUUGUGAAUAUACUGACCUGCAGUUCUUUAUGCUUCCAAUGUCUCAAUUGAUAGAGAUUUUUUAAAACACAAAAUGUCCUUCUGAAUGCUAUGCAUACAGACUUCGUGUUAAUUAUUGUAGAAUUCUUCCCUUUUGACAUGACUGCUGAACUGCGCUACGGAUCCCCUCUUCUGUAGCCAUUUUUAAGGAGGGGGGAGGGAAGGGCCAGGGCAGAAUAUAAAUUUGAAUACUAGAACAGAUCUUCCCAGAGCAAGCUGAUCAAUCAUUCAGACGCAUCCAGUUUACACAAAGCUAAACCUGCUUUUCAAGUCUUGCAAAGGAUGGUCUUACCACAGUGUCUAAAAUCUGUUAUCUUCCUACUUUUGAUUAUACACGAUAUCUGCAUAUAUCCCUUCACACCUAUGACUUUUUAAGGGACUCCUUCUAGGUCCCUUAACCCCAAAUUGUUCCUAUUCUCUCCUGUACAUAGCAGUGGCUUGUUCUAGAUGGUCCCAGUAGUUGUGGCAAUUUCUUGCUCCCAGUCUAGACUUCACACAUUUUGGAUGGCAGCAAUGCUGUGAUAGGGGAGUGCUGUGUAUAUAUAGCUCAUACUUGGACACAGUCCUGUUUGUUCAUUUCUAAGCAGGGGGAGGUUGUCUUUCCCCAUUGCUUUUAAAGUAAAAACAGCUGCGUUUUUGAGUCACAUUGAUGUCUUAAAUUGCAGCAAAACGUAGUGUCAGAGGUGCAAAUACAUGUGUCGGUUUCAAACAGAAGAUCAGGUUGGUGGGAGGUUCUGGAUUUGGAGGUCUUCUCUAUUAAACAGUCAAGUUAUCCUGCUGCCUUUUCCCACAUAGAUUGAGUCAUAAAUGUUGCCAUGAAUGCAUUUCAUGGGUCUCUUUAAAAACAAUGCCAAGAAGGGCCUCAGAAGUUAAAGGCAUCUAUGUGAGAAGAGGAAUAUUCUGUUGGGCAUGAAACAGAGGCCCUGGGAUACAUCUGUUGUACCUCUUGGGCAAUGUAUGGUGGUCGUUGGCAGUAGAGAUCUGCUUGGAGAGUGGGAUUUAUCCACUACAUUUCCAGAGACGGCUUCAGUAUUUUCUGCAUGUAUUGUGUGUUUGGAUGUAACGGAUAAUGCACUUCCUUGGGUUGGUUGUUUGGGCUAGUUCUCAGUCUUCUGUUUAUCCUCACACAAACCUUUUGAAAACUAUCCUCUGUGUGUCUGAUUCUGUGGUCAGUGAGGGUGAUGUGCAAAAGAGAUGGAGGAAUGAUGUAUCAAUGGCAAGAUAUUUGAAGCUGUAAGAGAUGUUGCUUUGAUGGCUUGCUUCAGUUGUUUGGUUCUUUUAUAGCCUUCCCGAAACACUUACUACUUUCUCCAGGAUAUACAGGGUCAUGUCGAAAGCACAAAUCUAAUUUCUAAUAUUCUUCUAAAUGUUCUGAGGGGAAAGACGUCCCAGGAUAGGUUGCUGCAUUUUGAGUCUACAUGGCAGUGUUCAAGCCGCGGCUAGACGCAAUCUGAAGUUCAGUGGACAAUGAGAAGUCUGAAGUUUCUUAGGCAAUGCCAAGGUUCUGUCUGAGGUUCUUGGAGAAAAGCUGUGUAUCAGGGGUAAUCAACUUGGCUCUCCAGCUAUUGUUGAACAACAACUCCCAUCGCCCCCAGCCACAAUUUAUUGUGGCUGGAGUCGGGGGCAGAGCCACCAUUGCACAAAUGGGUUCAAAUAACCCAGGCCAUCCCUCAGGGGCCACACCUUGUGCCCCAGCCAUGCCCCCUGCAUCUGAUGCCAGACACGGGGGCUGUGGUUCAGCUUGCAAAUGGGGCCAUGCAGCUGGAGUGGCUCUCCUUGCCUUUAAGAGGCACAGAGAGCCGCUCCCGGCCAUGCUGUGAACAUAAGGCUGGCCGAUUUUGCUGGCAAAUGGGGCUGCGCAGCCCAAAUGGGGCUGAUGUCAGACACGGGGGGUGUAGCUAACUUCCGCCCCUGCAUCUGACAUCAGAGGCUGAUGCAGGGGGCAGGGCUGGGGGGCUGUGGCAGCGGGCUGAACCCAGGCGGCGGCUGCUGCUGGCCUUCCUCCGUCACUGGAUAGAGAUGCUAGCAGUUGUAGUUCAACAGCAGCGGGAGAGCCAAGGUUGCCCACCCUUGCUUAUCCACAUUGGCUGAUGCACUAGCAGUAAGCCGUACAUUUUUUGAGAUAACUGUAUUGAAGUGGAAGUUAUGUAUCCACAGUGAGAAGCUGAGGACUUUGCGUCCCACCUCUUGGAUAAGUUGGAAGGAGCCCAGAGUACACUGGAACAAUGAGUCUGAUGUCCUGGGUGCAUCCUAUUCACAGGGGCUUUUAUGAUGAGCUGUGUCCAGGUGUAUCUAAUGGAUAUCUGACCUUCCACAGUCCACAUUGCAUCUCAGGAGCUUUACCUCACAUUGGUCCUCCAUCCUUGCAACUAAAUAGGAGGUAGCUGUGACUGAGGGGCUGGUGUCGGCUGCUCAUUGUACAUGAUUCAAUGCAGAAGGGUAGCGUGGUGUUUAUUGAGCACCAAAUCGUCAUAUCUAAUUCCUCAUGGUCCCAGUUUGGCACUGAGGUUUAGCACUACAGUGCCAAAUGUACAGAGGUGCCCCAAGAGAGCAUUUCUCUCCAUGUUAAUCCGGGAGGAUUGGAUGCAGCUCUGCCAAGAAGGUGAGAAAGUUCUAGUAAGUACGUGGCUCUUGGCUUCUGAAUGAGAUGGGGAGCAAUUCAUGGUUCAGCCUAGAUUUAGAGUUGAUCUACAAGUUUAGCAAAAUUGCAAGAGAGUCCUUCUGCAGCAGGUUGUACACUGCAGGUGAGGAUUGUGUAUUUCUCCCCACAAACUCCCUGCACAUAAAGGAGCACACCAUGGGGAGAGAUCCUUCCUUAGCCCUCUCUUUGGUGUGCUAGUUGAGACAUAUAAGGCACGUGUGUGGAGAGGCUUUUAAAAACACAAACCUCCUCCUUUCAAGCUGUCUGAAGUUUUAAAAGUCCAGAAAGACUCUGCCAUGUGAAUUUUCUGAACACACACGAGUGGUUUCAAGCAAGACUCUGCAGAAGGGCUGCCAGCUGCCUUUUAGGGAGGAAACGGAGGUCCUCUUGAUUGAUCAACACUUGUGUCCUCUGUGAUUCUAUUCAAUUGAUUAUGAGCGGGGCCACUAUUGGCAUAAGGCAGCCUUGGACAGUUGCUAGGGGCCCAGUGCCUUGGCCCCCUGGGGAAGAUUGAGCCCAGCUAGCAGCCAGGGGUGGCUGGAUGGGCCACCUCCCCUUACCGUGGCAGCCAAUGCAGGUUUCUUCCAUUCUCUGAAGUAGCAACAGUAGCAUUCCAGCUGCAGCCCACCAUGUUUUUCCCUCUGGAGUGCCCUAUGUAGCGUGAUACCUGCCACCACAGGAAGGGAAGGGGUUGUCAUCUUUCCCUCUUAGCUGACACCAGUCCCCUUCUGGAUUAAAAGAGAAACACUCACAAUGACCUGGCAAAGAAUCAAAUAACACUAAGGGUGAUGGAAGAACCUCUGGAUAAGUAGGGAAAGGGGGUAGUGAAUGUUUGCUGGCUUGUCAGUAAAGUCAUUUAAUGAACAAAUGAGGGCUUACCAUGCAUAGAUGUAGGGGAAGGAAUGAAUUCUUUUUGGGGAACUUUCCUUUAGCCCCAACAUAAGAAGACAGCAGGAGUCUAGAGGAAGCCUUUUCUCUCUUUCCCGUCAUGUAUUCCAGCCCCUGUGUUUGACCUGCUUCCUGUGACAGUCAGAGGGACUUCCUGCUGCUGCUCGGCUUCCAUUGAACACCAGCAGCUCUUAGCCUCUGUCCCUCUCCUUGAAGGUGCAAUACCAGGGCGAGUGCCACAAAGCUGUGACUUCUCUCUGGGGAUGCUUUUGAUUCUCUCUGAAAUAACCUUGUUACCUAUGGUGUCUUUUGUGUUUUUACAACUUAGCUGUGGUCCUUGCCUGUCUGACCCCAUGUUGACCUUUGUAACACUGGCAAUAAACCAUUAAAGUGACUUUCCCACAUUA